CUGGGCUGUGGCGGGACCAAGUCCGGAUUCCUGGAAACCACCCGCUUUCCGAGCCCCCCACCUCGGGCUAUUGCCCGCUGAGGCCGAGGGGUGCUUCAACGUGGCCCCCGGACAGGCGGCCGGAUGGGAUAGUAAAGCAGGAAUGAACAAGGGCGAAGCAGGGAUGGCCGGGACGUGCGGAUCGCGGUGAAGUACCAUCCGGGGCAGCUUCAGGCGCCGGGCAGGUCUGGUUUGGAGAUCAAGCCCGGUCGACCCUUUACGGAAAGAAGAGUGAUACUGAUUCCUCUAAGUGUGGAGACACGUGCGUUUGGGUCCGAAAUUGAAGUGCACGGGAGCUUUGUGGCCUGUGGACGAUAACUUUUUUGUGUUAACGGCUAAAACUUAGCCACAAACCAGGUCCUUCACUUCCCCGUUACUAUUUUUUGCAUAUUGCCUUAGUUAAUUCAUUACCGUGCUGGAGAAGCUUGAAGGAACAGAUGGGAUCUCUGUGUGGGCCUAAGAAUUCAAGGGCAGGGGGCGGAGGCUGGACUAUUUAACAAUAUACUAGCGGCACUUUAGUGUUUUCUGUUGAAAAUAGGAAGAGACCGGUGGAAGGAUAUUAAAGCCAGUGGUAAUUUCAUCGAGGUAACGGGAUUGUGGCUGAUCUAUAUUUUGUUUUGGUUUUCUGUAAAGAACACGAAUUGUAUAAUAGGGAGACCAAAAAUCCUUUAAAGAAUAAAGUGAGAUGUAGAAUUUUUAAUUAUGUACCUAACCUUACAAGUUAACGACUUUUUUAGUAUAAAAAGUUAAAAACCUAGGAAUGGAUGUGCUGUAACUUGCUGUAACUUAUCAGUGAAUUAAUUUGUCUUUUUAUAUGUCCGUGAGCUUCAUAAUUUUAUUUUUGAAGUAACUUAGUAAAAUAUUUGUAAUUACUCCAAUAGGAUUUUCUUAGAGUGCCUUUGCAAUUGUAGUAAUGAUUUUCUUCAAAUUAGGAAGAAAUAGGUAUUAAAUGUCCAUAAUGUGCCAGGCAGUUUUACAUGUCAUUUAUAGGUUGCAAGUAGACAGUUUUUGAAAUUGUCCAUUUGAAAGUAUUUUAAAGUUAUCCUGAAAGUUGUGACUUAAAACUUUUUUUCUUUUAUCUGUUCUUUUCAACCCACCCAGUAUGUAAAAUUUAAACCUUCUCUCACGAGUGUAUGGUAGAGCUAAAAAAGAAGACGACAAACAAGCAAGGGUCAUCUGAAAUUGUAAUUGGCCCAUUAAUAAUCCCAGGACAAAGUUGGAAAGAAGUACUCAAGCAUAAGACAGCUACAAAGAUGUUUGAUAUAAAGGCUUGGGCUGAGUAUGUUGUGGAAUGGGCUGCAAAGGACCCAUAUGGCUUCCUUACAACAGUUAUCCUGGCCCUUACUCCAUUGUUUCUAGCAAGUGCAGUACUGUCCUGGAAAUUGGCCAAGAUGAUUGAGGCCAGGGAAAAGGAGCAAAAGAAGAAACAAAAACGUCAAGAAAAUAUUGCAAAAGCUAAACGACUAAAAAAGGAUUGAAGGAAUGAACAAACAGGCUAUAGAACCAGAAGAAUAUAAUUUGGAAAAUUAAUGCAGUGUUGAAAGGACCCACUAAGGUUUCUUUUCUGGUUUUUAUGGCAGUAAUUUGUUGUAAACAAAGUUGGAGCACCUGUAAGAAUCAUGUUAGUUAUGACCUCUACUGCAGCAACUUUUAGAUUUUGGUGUAGAAGUCUGUUGACAGUUACUGUAAACUGGCAUUUAUUAUGCUGUAAAUUCUUUAUAAUUGACUUAGUCAUUUGCCACUUUGCAGCUUAUGUUCUGAAAUGAAAAUAGCCUGUGGAGAAAAAUGACUAUACAUUAUGAACUCUAUUCAAAUAAUGGCUUAGAAUGGGGUCCUGUUCAGGACAAAGGGACUUGAGAAUGUAAAAAUCAAAACUGUCCUGAGGUGAAAGUGUGCUUUGGCUUAAAAAGGCAUAUAGUAUAUUAUUUACAUCUUUUAUUAUUAUUGCUUCUUUCUUGGAAUAGAAUAAUUUCUGGCUUUCUCAAAGCCACAUACUAACCAAUGACCAUGUUUUGCAUUUUCUCAUUAGCCUUUGAGAUAAUUAUCAGACAUUCUGCUUUUAAAAAUCUCGUUUUAUAAAGAAUUCUCCUAUUGGCUAUGUAGAAUACCACCUACCAGAUAGAACAGUUUUUGUACUUGUAAACCUGCCAUUUUCUUAGAGAUGUCUUGUUGAGUAGAAUAAUACUAUGAUUUAAAGCUUGCAGUAAAAAUGCCAAACUUUGUGUUUCCUUGGAACAAGUUUAUUCUUUAUUGUGCUAUGUAGAAAUGUAAAGUAGUUAAAAUGUCUUACCACAUAAUUUGUUCAUUAUAUAGAUGCCACUUUUGUGUUUUUAUUCCAGUCUUCAUUUUAAUUUAUCUAAUAAUGAUAUUCUACGAUCAAGCACGUUCAUGGUGACAAUUAAAAUUUCAGACUUCUCGUAAGGAUUCUAAAAAAGUAAUAGUUAAGUCCUAUUGCAUAAGUGGUAAAACUUUAACAUUUGGAAAAAUUUCGUUCAUCAUACUAGUAAUUGGGUGAAAAAGGCAAAUUAUGUCAAAAUGAGAAUGUGUUAAAAUUAGAAAUAAAGAGCUAAAGGAUAUUUCCUUCAGCUAAGUAGUAUAACUGGAACUUUCUACUAUUAAACAUGGCUUUUAUAAAUGCACGUCUAAUAAUUUAUUUGCUGUCAGUAUAUAAUAGCUUAUUAAUAUUUUCCUCACCUCUGAUAAUGAAUUUUAAAUUAUAAAAAAUUGUCCACCAGCUUUAAUUUAAAAGUGAAACUAGAUACUGAAAUAAAUUUGAUACUUUUUUA